AUGCCCAGCUCUGAGACCACACCACUCCUGUUCGUCCAGGUAUCGCGUCCGCCUCCACGAUAUCCGCACUCACGGCUCCGGCGAACCUGUACCUUUUGCCUCGGAUCCAUCCUCGUCGUUGGCGUCGUCCUCUUCCUCCUCCCGUUUGCUCUCCUCCCGCGUGAACACGGUUCGCUAUGGGAUUAUCUCCCCGGCGCCCACCCGCUGCCUCACAAGGAUUGGCCUGGGAGCCAAGGCCUGUCGUACAAGGCACUGCAGGAAAUAUUGCAGACUGUUCCUAACGAAAAGAAGAUCAGGGAAUGGGCCCAGUAUUACACCUCCGGGCCGCACCUGGCGGGGAAGAACUUCAGCCAGGCGCUGUGGACAAAGGAACGGUGGGAAGAGCUUGGGGUUCCCAAAACGAGCCUGGUCUCGUAUGAUGUGUACCUCAAUUACCCGAUCGACCACAGGCUGGCGCUGAUUGAGAAGCAUGGAGAGGAUGUCAAGGUCAAGUUUGAAGCGACGCUAAAGGAGGAUGUGUUGGAUGAGGAUGCCACCAGCGGCUUGGAGAAUCGUAUUCCUACAUUCCACGGCUACUCCGCCAGCGGGAAUGUCACGGCACAAUAUGUUUACGUUAAUUUUGGGACAUUCUCCGAUUUCGAAAAUCUUGUCCAGGCCAAUGUUAGCUUGGAAGGGAAAAUCGCACUGGCUAAAUACGGGCGUGGUUUCCGCGGGCUCAAGGUCAAACGGGCGCAAGAAUUGGGCAUGGUUGGUGUGGUCAUUUACACGGAUCCGCAGGAAGAUGGGGAGGUUACAGAGCUGAACGGAUACAAAGCCUAUCCCGACGGUCCUGCUCGAAACCCAAGUUCGGUGCAAAGAGGCAGUGUCCAGUUUUUGAGCCAGGCCCCCGGUGACCCGACUACUCCUGGCUACCCUUCUAAGCCCGGUUGUCCUCGUAUGGACCCGCAUGACUACAUCCCCUCAAUACCAUCGCUCCCACUUUCGUAUGCAGAAGCUAUUCCCCUCCUCAAGGCCUUGAACGGACAUGGGCCAAACGCCAAGGACUUCAAUGAGUACUGGCAAGGCGGUGGUCUUUCGCAUAAAGGAGUGGACUACAAUAUUGGUCCCUCCCCCGAGCACCUUGUCCUAAACCUGAACAAUGAGCAGGAAUAUGUAACAACGCCCUUAUGGAACGUCAUUGGUGUUAUCGAGGGCUCUAUCCCCGACGAAGUCAUUAUCAUGGGAAACCAUCGUGACGCGUGGGUCGCAGGUGGCGCAGGAGAUCCAAACGGCGGGUCCGCGGCUCUCAAUGAAGUGAUCCGGAGUUUUGGGGAAGCUCUAAAAGCAGGCUGGAAGCCUUUACGAACCAUCGUUUUUGCCAGCUGGGACGGCGAAGAAUAUGGCCUGAUUGGAUCUACAGAAUGGGUCGAAGAGAAUCUACCCUGGCUUUCGAGGGCGAAUGUUGUAUAUUUGAAUCUUGAUGUUGCAGCCACCGGGCCGCACUUCAAGUCUAGCGCGAGUCCUCUUUUGCACAAAACAAUCUUGGAGGCCACGGGACUCGUCUUGUCUCCUAAUCAGACGAUCAAGGGCCAGACUGUUCGUGAUCUUUGGGACAAGAACAUUACCCCCAUGGGCAGCGGUAGCGAUUUCACCGCCUUUCAAGAUUUUGCUGGCGUUGCAAGUAGUGACAUGGCAUUCGACGGCAGAGGCCAGGAUCCGGUCUAUCAUUAUCAUUCUAAUUACGAUAGCUUCGACUGGAUGGACCGUUUUGGAGAUCCGGGAUGGCACUACCACGUCGCCAUGACCAAAGUAUGGUCUUUGAUGGCAGCUUCUCUUUCAGAAACCCCCGUUCUCGCCCUCAACGCCACAGACUAUGCCCUUAACUUGCACAAAUAUCUCGAUUCCGUCAAGCAAAAAGCUGCCAAAUCGACAACCCCGCCUUUCAACUUCCGCCCUCUCGAGGAUGCCAUGGCCCAUUUCCGCCAGGCCGCCAUCAAGUUCGACGCCUAUGCUGCGUCGCUUGCCGCCAAGUUGGAAGAAGACGUCCCGUGGUGGCAGUACUGGAAGAAAGUCAUCCUGUAUUUCAAGAUUCGCGGUGCGAACGACAAGUAUAAAUUGAUCGAGCGGAAGUUCUUGCAUGCGGACGGUCUGGACGGCCGGAGCUGGUUUAAACAUGUCGUUUUCGCGCCGGGACGAUGGACCGGAUACUCCGGGGCGACAUUCCCCGGCCUAGUGGAGAGCUUUGAGGAUAAUGAUGUCAAUAACGCUGAGGUACGAUGUUUCCUCUGCCCCCCUUCCUACCUUGCCCAUAAGAUUUAUUUUACUAACAGAAUGUUCCUGUGUGGUUUAGAAAUGGAGAGAUAUCAUCGCUGGCAAGAUUGA